AAAAAAUUGUAAUCAAUAUAAAAUAUGUAUGAUAAAGUAAAGUAAAAAAUUUAAAUGUAGAACAAUAUUUUUUCACUCCAUGAGGUCGAUUAUAUGAGGUCGUAAAAAAUUAUCAUCCUCGAAAGUGGGUCUCCCAUAAAAGUUUGAAAAACCUCUACUUAAUAUUAAAUAUGCGCAUUGUAUUACAGAUUUGUAUCAUUUUAUAAAAUACUUUUCAUGUUGAAAUUUGAAAUAACAAAUGCUAGCGUCAAUGAUUUUAUUCUUUACGAUUUUAAUUUGAUAUGAGCCCUAAUCGAUACGACAGGAAAAAUGCAAGAGGGUUCUACAACCCCCGAAAUUGUAUGGCAACAGAAAAAUGUAUCGUGCGAAUGGUUUGCCCUAUAGCGCGGGGUUGCUAUGCUGUAUUAUCGUUUAAUACGGAUCGACGAUGUCUAACCCCUUUGUAAUACUUAUAAGUUGGAAUAAGUAUUCACCCACGUUAUAAAGACUUUUUAAGUAUACUUUUACAUUUUUUCACACAUAUUCAACGAUGCUGUCGAAAGAAAAAACUUAUUCGGAAAUCUCGCAACCACCCGAAGAUGAACCUUCUAUUUUAUCGCUUGAUGCGAGUGAACGAAAAUUAGCUCGCAAACUCCGUAUUAAUCGACGUGUAGAAGCGCAAAUUAGGAAAACGAAGGCUCUUGAUGAUGAAAUUAUUGAAAUAACUCCCGUUGAGAAACAAAUUCUUGAUAGUAUAGAAACUUUAGAAAAGUUGGCUGCAGAAGGGGAUGAAGUGGUUGCUGGUGUAAGAGUAGCAACUGAUGCAAAAGAGUUGCGAAGACGAAAGGAAGUAAAGGAAACAAGAGAGAACGUAUUAAAAAUACUCGAAGAAGAGGACCAAAAUUGCAUGGAAAAAUAUAAUGAGAUCGCUAAAAAAUGGCCAAGUAUUCUUGCAUCUAAAGACCCAUUAGAAAUCCAUGAUGAGUUGGAGGCUCAGCAAGCGAAGUGUCGUGAGAUCCUGGAUAAAAAGGAUGCCUUAAUCGCGCAAUUGAAAGAAGAUUUGGAACACGCAGAUUUAAAAUAUGAAGAGGACGUGAAAAAACAGAACGAGGAUAUCGAUUUGCUUAUAGAAAGAAUGGAAAACCAAGUGCGUACAAUGACCAAAGCGUAUCGUCACGAAUUAAAUUUGAUCGAAAAUGUAAUCGAAUCAGAGCGCAAGCUAUUUCUGAAAUCCUCUGUCGAGAAAUGGGAAGCGUUAUUUAAAAAGCUUCAAGACGAUACCUUCGAAGCGAGAGAAAAGAAGAAAGAGAUAAUGCUCGAGUACGAAAGAGAUAUGAAGAAAGCGAUCAUAGAGCACCAAGAGAAAUACAGGGAACAAAAGAUUGCGUUAGAAAUAGAGAUACAAAAUCUUAUGCAACAGAUUCAAACUAUGAAGGCUGCGUGUUUAAUGAACAUUGAGAAGUUGGAUUACAAUUAUACCGUGCUGAAGCGCCGGGAAGAAGAAAACCUUAUUGUGAAGAAUCAGCAGAAACGAAGAAUUAAUAAACUUCAGGAUAUAUUGAACGAUUUGAAAAAAACGUACGCGGCUUUAGAAGAAUCCACGAGACAGGAGAUUCAAAAGCACACGAAUCAGAUAUUAAAAACUCACAGAGCUAUACAAGAAUUGGAAGAGAAGUCUAAUCAAAUAGCAACCAUUAACGACACGAAGUACAUGCAAAUCUGGGACCUGAAUAUUAGAACUGCGGACGAGUUAGUCGACAAGAUUUUAACGGCGGAUAGAAUUAUACACGAGCAAUUGUUAGGUGUGGAAUGGCAACCACCGAAAGAGCAGUUGUUGAGGAAGGAGGAUUUACCAUCAUAUUGUGGUGCAAUGUGCGCCAUAAAAGAGAGUAAAAUUCUUAAAGAAAAUAUUCAUAAAGAUUGCAUAUUAAAAAUCAUUUCUAAAUCGUACAAACCAGCGACCACUCUGGAAGACAUUAAUCUAGAGCGAAAUUUAUUGAAUCAUAUCGCUAAAUUAAUAUCCAACCACUGUGACUAUAUCAUUGAAGAUACUUUGAAAGAGUUGCUUUCAGAUUAUACGGAAGAUGACAAGUUGCUGAUUCGAUUGGAUAAAAUAUUUACAGCACUGCAUAUCACGUCCGAGCAAGAGCUUCAAUUUUUGUUAAAUUUCUUUUUACCAUAUGCACACUGUCCUACUUGCUCAAUCAAAACCGUGAGUACACCAAGUGUUUGUGGAGCAACUAGUGAAACCACAGAAAGUUCUUCGUCCACGGGCACGUUACCUCGUGUUUGUGGUAGCGAUGUGGAAGUUAGUGAAGCAGAAAACAAGCUAGUGUCAGCUAUGGAACAAGCAUUCUGUUGUGAUGAAUUGUCGAAAGACACGACUAGUUCGAGCAAUGAUAUUGCGGAAUCUGCAUCAUCUGAAACACCUCCCGAAAAUGUACAGAUUGAAUCAACUUGUGUAGCUGAAGGUGUUAUAGAAGUCACUGGCGCGGAUGGUGAACCAAAAAGACAAUUAGUGUGUGACAAAGGUCACUUGUUGGUGAUUGAAACCGAAUUCGUAUCGAACGCGUUGAAAGAUUUCGUAGAGAGAUACGAAUUCGUUAAAAAUGUCGAAGACUCUACAGACAAUAAAAAAGAGUUCAAAGAAAAAGUGACGGUAUCAGGAAACAUAACGGAGGAUGAUAUAACGGAGUUUUGGGAACGAUAUCGUAAUAUCUUUUCGGAAGAUAGAGAAAGACUUUGGGACAAUCUGAUAGUUGGUCUGAAAAAGUAUUAUGAAAUAUUAAAAGACAGACAUCAGUUAAAUAUUGAAACUGAGGCUUUGAGAAAACAGAAUGCGGAAUUGCGUCGUUUAUUAAACAAAUAUUCCACAGAGAUAACGUUGAACAAUGAAUAAAAUAUUUGAAAAAAUUUAUUGA